AUGGCCGCGCUCAACGGCGCGCCCGCGGACUCGUCCGUGACCGCCGCGGGCGGCUUCACCGUCACAACGCGCAAGCUGCCCAUCCUCAAGGCCGGCCCCAUUGACGACAUGGCCCGCGCGCUGGGCAUCGCGCCGCCCGAGAUGAUCUUUGGCGACAACCUCGCGCGCAUCGAGCACGCGGCCAGCGGCUGGUUCAUCGAGUUCAACGCCUUGGACGCCCUGGACCGCGUCGACAAGACGGGCGCGCGCAUGCUGCAGGUCGCCUGCUCGGCCGAGUGGCAGCAGAACCGGCAGAAGCAGUUCGAGGACAUCAAGGACGUCGUGCGGCCGUUUGACUGGUCCUACACGACCGACUACCGCGGCACCACGCCCGCCGCGCCCGCGCCCGUCCUGCGGCCCACGGCCGAGCCGAUCCCGCUCGCCCUGCUCCGCCGCCCGGACCCGAUCCGCUUCUUCGACGAGGUGGUGCUGUACGAGGACGAGCUGGCGGACAACGGCAUCGCCAUGCUGUCGUGCAAGGUCCGCGUCAUGCCCGCGCGCCUGCUGCUGCUGGUGCGCUUCUUCAUGCGCCUCGACCACGUCGUGCUGCGCAUCCGCGACACGCGCGUCUUUGUCGAGUUCGCCACGGGCGCCGUCAUCCGCGAGUACACGGCGCGCGAGGAGACAUACGAGGCCGUCAGGCGGAAGCUGGCCGGCAGGAACGAGGACGUGCUCGCCAUGAUGCGCGACCCGAACCGCCUGGCCGAGCACAUGCCCGUCGUCGAGCACACCCUGGACGGCGUGAAGCUGACAUGA